CUUAUGAAGAAUUAUCGACCACGUCUACAAGUCACGAAAGCGUUCGAGAUAUGUCUGAUACAGAAGAAUCCGUAGGAUCAAGUAAUCCUGUGGUAUUGAUUUCGCCACCUACGCAACCAAUUAACUUUCAAUAUCAUGAACGUAUACAAAGACAAUGUAGUGUUUGUCAUGGAAAGG